CGCUGCCCCCUGGCGUCCAGACCUGGUGCUGCGCACGCGCAGGACACUCCUGGGGCCUCUGCUGCCCCCUGGCGUUCACUCACCUCUGCCGCCCUCGGGCUGGUUAGGUGCAUGCGCAGGAAGACUCCCCGACCCCGCCUCUCAGGCUAGUCCGCGCAUGCGUUGAAGGUUCGUUCCAUCGGGCCCCCGCGCAGCUCCCGCCUCAGGCUUGUGCGCAUGUGCAAAAACUCGCUAAGGUGAGCGCUACCCAUGCGCGAAUCGCACCCCCACCUGCCCGGGACUUCGUAUCUGCGCAUGUGCUAAUGACCCCCCCCCACCCCAUCUGGGACCCCUUUCUGCUGCCCUCUGCCGUUCACUCGCAUCACUGCAGCCCUCGGGCUGAGUAGACGCAUGCGCGGGAAGUCUUCUUCAGGUCGUGCAUGUGCAAAAAACCUUAACGCUGAGUACUUAAGGCAUGCGCGAAAUCCCCCCUCCCCCGCCCGAGGUGCCUGUAUGUGCGGAUGUACUAAUCCCCCCUCCCCCCCAAGCCAGGGCCUGUCUCUACUGCCCUCUGGCGUCCGCUGGCUUCUCUGCAGCCCUGCGGCUGACUAAGCGCAUGCGCAGAGAACCCUCCUCCCCUCAGGCCUGCUUGUUUCUGCGCGCACUAAAUACCACCCCCCCCCCCGAGGUGUAGGUUGUUGCUGUGUUGCUCUACUCUAAGAACAUAGACAGACAAGGCUAUUUGAGUAAAGGCGAAAUCUGUUAUUAGAUCAACUCAAGUACUUGCAAAAUAAAUAAUAAAUACGUAAAAAGUGAGUCUAACAAUAGGUGUCGGAUUUACCUAAAAAACCUUGCCCGCCCGCGCUCUAGGACUCUCUGCUGCCCUCUAGCCUCCACUAGCUUCGCUGCAGCCCUCGCCCUGAGUAGGCACAUGCGUAGAAAGGCCGUCAGACCCCCCCCGGGGCUGCUGCUCCGUGCGUACGUUGAAGUUUCCUAACGCGGUUUCAUGCGCAUGCGCAAAAAGUCCGUCCACGUGAAUUCCUGCGCGCAUACGCAGCCCCCGCUGUUCGUACCUGUGCAUGCGCUACUGUCCCCUAACUGGAGACUCCCUCUGCUGCCCUCUGGCGUCCGCUCGUCUGACUGCAGUCCCCGGUCACCGUAAGCGCAUGCGCUGAAUGCACUCCUUAUCAGGCCGGUCCUCCGCAUAUGCGUUGAAGGCGUCGAACCUCACUAAGCUGAUCUGAGGCGCACAUGCGCGGACCCCCCGCCCCGCGCGCCUGGCUGCACAUGCGUAGAAAGUUCAGUCUGGGCACCUCAGAGGGCUGCGGUGGUCUCUGGUUACCAUGGUGACGUGAGACGGGAGUGCGGUGGAGGGGGUAUCCCCCAUGGCUGCCAUGGUGACCGAGGGAGCAGGCCCCAGCCGCGCUUGUGCCCCCUCCCCCCGCCAUGGCGGCGCGGCGCAGCCCCCACCCCGACAGCGCGCCCUUCCUGAGCCGGGCCGACCGCACGGAGGAGGACGAGGAAGAGGACGAGGGGCUGGAGGAGGAGGAGCAGGACGAGGGGGGCGGCGGGCCGGCCCCCCUGGGCGAGGCAGAGACGGCGGCCAUCACCGGGGUGUCGGGGCGCCGGGCCCGGCUCAUGGUGGCGGUGCUCUGCUACGUCAACCUGCUCAACUACAUGGACCGGUUCACCGUGGCCGGCGUCCUGCCCGAGAUCGAGGCCUACUUCGGCAUCGGGGACGGCAGCUCCGGGCUCCUCCAGACUGUGUUCAUCAGCAGCUACAUGGUGCUGGCGCCGUUGUUCGGGUUCCUGGGGGACCGCAGCUCCCGCCGCCUCCUGCUCUGCGUGGGCAUCGCCCUCUGGUCGACUGUCACCCUUGCCAGCAGCUUUGUGCCCCGGCAGCACUUCUGGCUGCUGCUGCUGACACGGGGGCUGGUGGGGGUGGGGGAGGCAAGCUACUCCACCGUGGCCCCCACCAUCAUCGCCGACCUCUUCGUGGGCGACCGCCGCAGCCGCAUGCUCGGGUUCUUCUACUUCGCCAUCCCUGUGGGCAGCGGCCUAGGCUACAUGGCAGGCUCCAAGGUGAAGGAUGUCAUGCACGACUGGCACUGGGCGCUUAGGGUGACCCCUGGGCUGGGAGUGGUGGCAGUGGUGCUGCUGCUGCUGGUGAUGAAGGAGCCGCCACGGGGGGCCGUGGAGCGCCACGGCCCCCCCUCCCCACUCCACUACACCUCCUGGUGUGACGACGUGCGAGCCCUGGCACGCAACCGGAGCUUCGUGCUGUCCUCGCUGGGCUUCACGGCUGUGGCCUUCGUGACAGGGGCCCUGGCGCUCUGGGCCCCAGCCUUCCUGCAGCGUGCCCGGCUGGCUGCCGGCGCACCGCCCGCUGACGACAGCCUAGUGUUCGGGGCAGUGACCUGCGUGACGGGGGUGCUGGGCGUGGGGGCAGGCGUGGAGCUGUCACGUCGGCUGCGGCUCCGCUCUUCCCGCGCCGACCCCCUGGUGUGUGCCAUUGGGCUGCUAGGCGCUGCACCCUGCCUCUUCCUGGCUGUGGCCCUGGCCCGUGCCAGCAUCCCUGUCACUUACGUGUUCAUCUUCAUUGGGGAGACGCUGCUGUCCCUGAACUGGGCCCUCGUUGCUGACAUCCUCCUGUAUGUGGUGGUGCCAACGCGGCGGUCGACGGCCGAGGCACUGCAGAUCGUCAUGUCCCACCUGCUGGGAGAUGCUGGGAGCCCCUACCUCGUCGGGGUGAUGAGUGACGCGGUGCGCCGGCACCGGCCCCCCACCCCACUGUGGGCCUUCCGCAGCCUGGGCUAUGCGCUGACGCUCUGUGCCUUCGUGGGAGCCCUCGGAGGCGGCUUCUUCCUCGCCACCGCCCUCGUGCUGCCUGCUGACCGGCGCCGUGCCCACCUGCAGGCACAGGGGCUGCUGGCGGAGGCUGGGGGGAGCCCCGGAGCAGCGUCCGAGCGCAUUGUAGUGCCGCGGGGGGGGCGCGCAGCCCAGCUGCCUGUCUCCAGCGUCCUCAUUUGAGCCCCUCAGACCCCGGAGCUGCGCCCGGGGCACAGGGACCAGAGCGCCCCCAGAGCCAUGCAAGGGCGGGACACAACCGUAGCCACGCAGCCGGGAUGGAAGCUGCCCCCCCCGCGCAGAAGGGACAGGAGAGAGUGGCUGUUCCCUGCGCCCAUGGCCGCAAAUGGAUGGACAGAUGGAUGGACGGACAAGGGGUUUUACCCCUGCAGGGCCAGACUGGGGCGUGACCAGUGCCAGCCCCCAGCCAGCACAGCCUGCCCCGCCGGGGGAUUGGGGUGCCAGGCUUCCCUGCAGUGGUGGCGGGGCUCAGGCUGUGCCUUCCCAGGUGGGGGGGGUCUAGUUGCCCUAUUGCAGUGUGGGAAGCCAUCCCCAUACCGCUGUCUUUGCACCUCAUUAAAGGCUUCCUAAUGGG